UUUGGUCUCACACAUAGAACUGUGGGUUCGCUCGAAUCGCUUCACACAUUUCUCGGGUGUGCUCGGUUUGUCUUUACGGAUUCCAGAGUUUGUGAUAUGGAAGCAGUAGAGCAGCCACGCAUCAUGGCAUCAGAUAGACAUGUUAUUGAUCAACCCACUGAAUCUGACUGCAGCGCGGACAUGAAUACACAUUUUGUUGUUUGUAGGUUCAUCAUGGAAACAGGAGUGAAACUCGGAAUGCAAUCAGUCCCCAUAGCAACGGCAUGCUCGCUGUACCAUCGUUUCUUCCAGUCGGCCAGUUUACGGGUCUACGAGCCCUUCCUGGUGGCCAUGUCUGCCAUCUACCUGGCCGGCAAGGUGGAGGAACAGCACCUGAGAACAAGGGACAUCAUCAAUGUCUCUCACAAGUACUUUGAGGUGGACAGUGAGCCCUUGGAGCUGAACAGUCAGUUUUGGGAGCUGAGGGACAGUGUGGUUCAGUGUGAGCUCCUCAUUCUUCGCCAGCUCAACUUUCAGGUCUCCUUCCAACACCCCCACAAGUACCUCCUGCACUACCUGCUGUCUCUGAAGGCCCUGCUGAACAGGCACGCCUGGUCCCGCACGCCCAUCUGCGAGACGGCCUGGGCCCUGCUCCGGGACAGCUACCACGGGCCCCUGUGCGUGGAGCACGACCCCCAGCACCUGGCCGUGGCCGUGCUGCACCUGGCGCUGCAGGCCUACGGCGUGGAGCUCCCCCAGGGGGAGGCGGAGUGGUGGCAGGUUUUUUGUGAAGACAUCACAAAAUCCACUAUUGAUACCAUCAUCUCCAAGCUCCUGGAGCUCUAUGACAUGGAAGCCAAGUGUACUUGAUGCUCAG